AUGGAACGGGCACAUUGGUCCAAGAAAUUAGAAUUUUUGUUGGCAACUAUCGGAUACGCUGUAGGGUUGGGGAAUGUAUGGCGGUUCCCCUAUCUAUGUUUUAGAAGCGGCGGAGGUGCUUUCCUCAUUCCUUUCUUCAUAAUGCUGGUGCUGUGUGGGAUUCCACUGGUCUACAUGGAGAUGGCCAUUGGUCAGUACACGCGACAGGGACCUGUUGGGGCUCUGUCCAAGCUCUGUCCCUUCUUCAAAGGUGCUGGGCUUGCUACAGUUGUCAUAUCGUUUCUGUUCGGCACAUACUACAUCGUCAUCAUCACGUGGUCUUUCUUCUACCUCUUCAACACCUUCCAAGCAGAGUUGCCGUGGACAACGUGUUGUGUUGACUGGAGUUCCACUUUGUGUUGCGAUGGCAUCACCAAUAUGUCUGUAACUAAUGGCAGUGGACCAAUGAUGUACAUGGCCAGGAAUAUCUCCCACACAGAGCACAACACCACCACCACUGUUACCACGGUGAUGGGUCAAGUUGCAGACGUCUCCUGUCCAAAUCACGUGAGGUCACCAACAGAAGAUUUUUAUUUAGAUGUUCUUUCGCUAGCAGCAGUUUAUGCUUUUACGUGUCUCCUGGCAGGCUUUGCGAUAUUUUCUAUCCUUGGCAACCUUGCUUACACGCAGGGCAAGGAUGUGGAAGAUGUCAUAUCAGAAGUGGGCGGGACGGAGCUCAGUGGGCAGGACGGAGCUCAGUUUGCAUCAGUAGAAGUGAUUGUCACAACAAUCAGCGACCAUUUUAGACCACAUAAAAAAUACCCCAAAAGAAAAGAAUUCCUCGUCCUUGUUGUCUGUGUUGUGUCGUUUCUCUGUGGACUUCCCAACAUUACACAGGGUGGAAUCUGGUUUUUUCAACUCAUUGACUAUUACGUGGCUGCCUUAUCUCUGAUGGUGCUGGCUUUCUGUGAAGUUAUUGCAAUCACCUGGUUUUAUGGUGCCAGAAGCCUAGGUAGGAACAUUGAAGAAAUGACGGGUACAAAACCACCAUUUGUUUUCAUCGUGUGCUGGUAUGUUGUCUCACCAGUACUUAUACUGGGUAUCUGGGUAUUUAGUAUGAUCCAGUACAAGCCUCUGUCGAUGGCGGGCUAUGAAUAUCCGUCCUGGGCUCAAGACAUUGGCUGGGUUAUUGCUCUCAUGUCCGUCAUCUGCAUACCGGCGGGCAUGGUCCAUGCAGUGAUUCAGGCAAAAGGAAGCAACAUUUGGAAGGUAAAGAUCAACUGUGUUAACUAAUGAAUAUUUUUUUCCCUUUUUUUCCGGAGCAUUUUGGCUUUCAUCUUCUUCUUUUUUCUUUUUUAAAAAGAAGAAAAGAAGUUUUCACAAAGUAUGAAUUAGAUCUGAAGUGCUUAUUACAAAUAGUCUGUUGGAGUAUGGUGUAGAUAUUCCAGCUUCUUAAAGAUCAGUUCAUGUAGCUUGGUCACAGAGAGCGCUCGCCUGAGAUGUAAUGGGUUCCACGAUCAGUCACUCUCAGUAUGGUGUAGAUAUUCCAGCUUCUUAAAGAUCAGUUCAUGAAGCUUGGUGACAGAGAGCGCUCGCCUGAGAUGUAAUGGGUUCCAGGAUCAAUCACUCUCAGUGGACUCUUGAAGGGCGGGACGUAGCCCAGUGGUAAAGUGUUUGUUUGAUGCGUGGUCGGUUUAGGAUCGAUCCCCGUCAGUGGGACAAUUGGG